AUGAAGGAUGAACCUCCAGAAAACUCCUCACUGAAGGACAGACGUUUUGACUACCUACCAACUGAUGCAUCUGCAUUUGCUGAAGAAAAAGAGAAAAGGACAUUGCCAUUUGCUCGAUAUAAGUAUCUCAACCGAACACAAUUGAAAAGAAAAAUGUACCAGAAUAAUGCAAGGAACAAUCGUCGAACCAAGUUUACUCUGUCCCUAGAUGUGCCCACGAACAUUCUUAAUAUUCUUUUAAACAUUGCAAAAGCUAAAAGCCUGAGAGCAAAGGCAGCAGCAAAUGCUCGUCUGAUGGCACAAAUUGGUUGAAGAAAGUAG